AUCAAUCAACUCACCCAAACAUCCAUAUCUGAGUCAUUAAUUCUUCCUAUCCUCUCUCUCUCUCUCUUCAAGAUCUCUCUCAAUCAAUUAAUCCACAAAACUCCAUUUCUAAAUCCACUACCACCACAUCAUCAUCAUGUAUUCCUCAAACCCAACUGAUUAUCAGAAAUUCACUGCGUCACCACAACAAUCAGCCCCACCGCCGUACAGCCAUCCAGCGACUGGCAUCCCAGUUAGCUCCACCAACCAAUUCUACCAUGAGAUGCCCCACCACCAACCACCCUCAGCGCCGUCUCUGUACGGCCAACCCCAAAGUGGAGUCCCAGUUAACUCCGGCAACCAAUACUACUCUGAAAAGCCCCAACCAGCAAUCCAGGUUCUGCCCAAAUCACAAGUACCAUGGUCCACCGGCCUUUGCGACUGCUUCGACGAUGUCCCUAACUGUUGCAUAACUUGCUGGUGUCCUUGCAUCACUUUCGGACGGAUUGCUGAGAUUGUAGACAAAGGAUCAACAUCAUGUGGGGUGAGUGGGGCUCUAUACACAUUAAUAUCAAUUGUGGUAGGGUGUCCAUGCUUCUACUCUUGCUUCUAUCGUUCAAAGAUGAGGCAACAAUACCUAUUGCACGAAAGCCCUUGUGGUGAUUGCUUGGUUCAUUGCUGUUGCGAGUCCUGCGCCUUGUGUCAAGAGUACCGCGAGCUCAAAAAUCGUGGUUUCGACAUGACCAUAGGUAUUUUUUCUCUCCUUUCUCUCUCUCUAAAUAUAAAAACACAUAUAUAAAUAUUAUUUAAUAUCAAAUUUAUACUAUUAUUUUGUUUCAAAGUUCAUAUGUAUUAAUCAAUAGAAGUAAUAAAUAAGACUUCCUAUCAUAGGUGAGAAAUCACAAUUACAUAAAAUAUAAAAAAAUUGGGGGAUGCACCAAUAAAUCUCAAAUUAAUAACUUAUACACUGUUUAGUCCUAAAAGUUUUCUUAUAGACUGA